AUGCCAAUUUUCAACCUACCACCCACAGCCUCAUGGAUCGCACCAACACGGGGUCCCGGCCAACACCACCAGGGUGUCCAGCAGGACCCAAACGCGCACAACGGCGGCAACCCGAACCUCGGCCACCCAUCCAACUACUCGGCGCUCUCUAACCCAAACCCCUACAGCACAAACAGCCUCCAGAAUGGGCACUCGAACACGCCCAGUGCCGGCCAGGGCCAGGUCAUCAAUGAGCACUGGGCCAAGCAACUCCGCCUGUCUAAAGAUGCAGAGCGUGCCCACAUCGCUAUGACCGAUCAGCACCAGCCGCAUUACUACGCCAGGUUGAAGGCGUCGGAGAAUAAGGGCAUCGGCUUACCCGCCCCCGCCAACGGAGCUUCGGGCCAGGCCGAUACAGAAGAUAUGCGGCGCCCCAUGGCCAUGGAAAAGGUGGUGAAGCGUCAGGACUGGCACAACCUCGAUCUUAGUGGACAGGGUCUUCGUAACCUCUCUCCCUCGCUAUUCGCCUACGAAUUCUUGCGCGAACUAUACAUUGCCUCCAACAAGCUCACACGCCUUCCGCCCGCCAUUGGCCGUCUUCGACAGCUCACUCACCUCGACGCGUCCUACAACGAAAUCACCGACCUCCCGCCCGAGCUCGGAAUGUGCACGUACCUGCGAACCCUACUCCUCUUCAACAAUCGGCUUAGGACCCUUCCCUUCGAGCUUGGUUCAUUGCACAUGCUGGAGAUGAUUGGUAUCGAGGGAAACGUGCAGCUGGCCCCGGAACUUCGCCUAGAAAUUGUGGAAAAGGGAACCAAGAGCCUUAUAACCUACCUCCGCGAAGGCGCUCCAGUUCCCGAUCCACCUCCGGUACGCGACAUGAUCACGAUCCAAGAAGACGUUUCGUCGAACCUCGAACGAUUCAAGGUCCUUACGUGGAACGUUUUGUGCGACAAAUAUGCUACCCCGCAGACAGCUCCGGUAUCGCGAUGCCGACUUUUGUGCCUGCAAGAGAUCUCGACAGAAGCGUUCAAGGAGGACUUCUCCCCCGAGCUGGCCAAGUACGAUUACAAGGGUGUGCAGUGGCCCAAGACGCGUGCCAAGACCAUGUCAGAGAAGGAUGCGUUAGGCGUGGAUGGAUGCGCAGUCUUUUGGAAGGCCAGCAAGUAUGUGCUGCUCGAUAAGCAAGUCAUUGAGUUCGCGAGCAUUGCGAUCAACCGACCGGACAUGAAGAACCAGCACGACGUGUUCAACCGAGUGAUGCCCAGGGACAACAUUGCCGUCAUUUGCUUUUUCGAAAGCCGUCUGACGGGCGCGAGAAUGGUCCUAGUCAACGUCCACCUAACGUGGGACUCGGCGCUUGCUGAUGUCAAGACGAUCCAGACGGGUAUCUUGAUGGAACAUGUUACCAAGAUGGCCGAAAAGUACGCGAGGUGGCCGGCUGUUAAGGAUAAGAAGCUCCUCACCUUUUCGGCCAGCCGGGCGACGGGCGACGAAGCUCCCGAGGCGCCUGUUCUUGAACCGGCCCCUAGCCAGGAAUACCGAAACAAUACCGAUAUCCCACUGCUCGUCUGCGGCGACUUCAACUCGCAAGAGGAUAGCUCGAUCAGCAACUACCAGUACGGCAGUUUCACGCGGGACGGCAUCGAGCACCCCUUCAGUCUUCGAGAUGCGUACGCUCACAUCAAGGGCACCCCCGACCAGCUGCCCUUCACCAACUAUACCCCCGGGUUCGCGGACGUGAUCGAUUACCUCUGGUACUCGACCAACACGCUUGAGGUGGUGGAGCUACUGGGGCCUCCGGACGCUGAUUACCUCAAGAGGGUUCCGUCGUUCCCCAACUACCACUUCCCGGCCGACCACAUCCAAAUCAUGGCAGACUUUGUCAUCAAGGCGCGCAAGGACAAGAAGGUUCUCACGGAGCCGGAUUUCGGGUCUGGGUCUAACGACCGCAAUCGCUAG